AGAGAGAGAGAGAGAGAGAGAGAGAGAGAAAGAGAGAGAAGACGGGUCUGAGAGAGCGACGAUCGCGAGGAGUAGUAGCAAUAAUUUCUAACUCGAGUCAAGAUGGCGGCGGCGGUGGUGGCGGACACGGUGGCGGUGCUCGCCAGGGGCGACAAGAUCCUCGUCACCGUCGAGUCCGCCCUGCCGGACAUCCUCGUCGUGUCCUUCGUUCAUGGUGCCAAGUGUUUCCAGGGUGCGCUCCUCGACGCCACCAAGAGGGGUCUUCCCUGUGGCGUUCAACCUCCGGAGCCGGUACCGGAUCCCGAUGGCGACAAGUUGGCGACGAUCGCGGCACGGUUCAGUUAUUUCCAAGAUAGGAAAAACACGAGUGGUCCGACUAAGGUCGACUUACGUAGGAGCAUAAAUCCACCAGCUAGAUAUAAAAACGCACGGCCGACGGUCAGGCUUAGGCCGCGUCAAGUUCUCUGUAGCAAAUGUCGUUCGAUUUGUAACGAAAAUAGCGAGAACGUCGACGUAAGUCGAAAACGAAAGCACGAUGAGGAACAGCAGCAACAACAACAACAACAGCACCAGCAACAGCAGCAACAGCAACAGCAACAACAACAACAGCAACAGCAACAGCAGCAACAAACUCAGCAACAGUCGCAUCAUCAACAGCAACAAGCUCAUCAACAGCAAGCAAGUGUACCUACGAGGAGAAGCGAUCGUCAACGUUGUAGUCAGCAACCGCAAAAGAAUCAAAGGACAUUCUUUUCGGAAAAUACGAAUUCGACAAUGACUACGACGGUGACGGCGACGGCGACGACGGCAACGACGAUGACGACAACGGUGAUGAAACCAGCGACGUCUUCGUCGAGUCCUGACUCUUCGAAGCUUGGCGCAUCUUCUUUGAUACCAAAACUUUCAAGAUUACAACCGAACGAGAUCAGCAACGCUAUGCAUGGACCUGGUAAGGUAGAACUGCCAACGGGAGUACCAUCUACCUAUUGGAGUAGCAGCAGCGAGGCUGACGAUUCGAGCAGGAACACCCUAACGCGCCCAGAGGAUCGAGUUGAGUCUACGGAUUGCGAUAGUAAUCCUUCGAUGGCUUAUUGCGCAACACCAAGAAGAUUGAGUAGCUCGUCAGUGGAAAGUGCGAAGGUGCCUGAAGAAGAAGAUAAGAAGACCUUGGCUGCGGCUGAUUCGACGAUGAGACCGAGGAUCGGUCGAAUUCCAAGGAAAAAAAGAUCAGUUGGUUCUAUGGAGGAUCUUUGGGACGAGUCUGUGUUCGAGGAUCCAACGAGAACUACCAGGACCACGCCUAUUAUCAAGAUCUCUUUCGGUGCUCAAGGAGAGGGUACCGUAUUGAAGAUACCUUCAAAGAUUCAGGACCCAGAAUACGAGCAGGAGACCGAUGAUCCGGACGACGUGCAAGCUGAAACCGAUCGAGAUCCAUUGGAAUUACCGAGGAAUUUCGAUAAUGGUUAUGACUAUUGCGAGGAUGUUGAGGACGAUGGGCAAGAACAGAUAGAUCCGCAGAAGCAGGGUGUAAAGGACGCCAGUGCUAAGGCUGCGAAAAGAGCGUUGAAGAAAGCUAAGAAGGAAGCGAGAAGGAAAAUGUUGGGUGGUGGUGUCUCACCGGCUAGAUCACCUUGUAACGGUUCUCCACGAUAUAACCCAAGCUACGAUCCCUUGCUUUAUCAUCGUCGCAAGCAUAAGGUGAAACAUAAGAAGAAACACAAGGAUGAUCGCAAACACAAGAAUCAACAGCAGCAGCAGCAACAACAACAGCAAGAAUCUUGUGUAGAGUCCGGUACAACGACAACCGAUUGUCAACAAAAUUGGAAUGUUCUACCGGGUGGUGAAACUUAUACGGCUAUAAAGGAACAGUGCCUGAAACAGAAACUCUCAAUCUCUUUGAAGAGGUUAAACACGAACGCUUACGCAAGAUGCGAUUAUCCUGUGAGCAACGCUUCGUCCGGCUGCAAAAGCCCCGGCGCCAGUAGCGACGAGCUCAGCGAACAGGAGGCUGAAGUGGAUGCCGGAGAAACUGCCCCGGAUUUUCCACCCCAAUCGCACCCUCUCGUCAUGCGUUUGGCAGCAACACCAGUGGCUCAUUGUCUCACUGCCAACGGCAGGAGAAUGGACGUUGGGGAUGUUGUAUGGGGAAAGAUCCAUGGUUUCCCUUGGUGGCCGGGAAAGGUUCUCAGUAUUACGGUUUCCUGUAAGGAAGAUGGUACGUCGUCCGGACCACAGGCUCACGUAGCUUGGUACGGUUCCUCGACUAGUUCUCUCAUGUCCUGCGAUCAGCUGAGUCCUUUCCUCGAAACAUUCAAGACACGGUACAAUAAGAAGAAACGGGGACCGUACAAGGAAGCUAUAAGACAGGCGCAAAACGAAGCACGCAGUCAGAUCACUCCAAAUUCAACGAGCAGCGUUCUCAAUGUUUGCGGUUCUCCUCGCGAGGUCAACGUUCUCUCCUAAAACAAAAAGAAAAAGCAAACAAAUAAAAUGAAGGAAGGUUUGCUAACUCUUUACGAAAAAAGAAAACCUCGUUCCUCUUUCUAAUCUGUUAUCGGUAAUUUUGCAAGACAACACACACCUCGGAAUUUUCUUCGUGUACAUGUAAAUUUUUGUACAUACAAAGUUUAUUAUAACUCUAGUUUAAUGCGCUAAAACGCGACACGAUUAUUGACGAUCGAUGUUUGCUCUAAACUCGUGGCCGCCGGUUAUUUAAGCGGCGUUUCACAGUGAACCGACUGUAAAAGCAAAUAGUAAAGGAAAAGUUCACUGCCAACAUUGUUUUCGUAGGUAUAUGGCUACUAGAAAGGAUAUUUCAUUAUUAUUAUUAAUAUUAAUAUUAUUAUUAUUAUUAUUAUUAUAUUAUUAUUAUUAUAUUUACAUAUAUAGAUUUAUUAUUAUUUUUAUUUUUAUUUUUAUUUUUAUUUUUAUUUUUAUUAUUAUUAUUGUAUGUGUAGGAGGGUAUAUAAUUAUAUCCAUAAUAAGUGUGAGGAUUUAGAGAAUGAUUUUUGUAUCGAUUCAUGAAUGGUUUUUAAGAGUUGGCGUAAAUACCUACCUCUUUGAAUCUUCAUCGUUAGGCAAAAGAUGUGUGUAUGAGAGAAAAAAUUUAUUAUAUAACACGUUCGUUGCUUCGUUUAUGUUUUUCUUCUAGAUAUGUGUAUCUAUGUGUAAGUACGUGCAUUUUUAGAUAACGAUCGGUUUAAUGAUGGCAGUGAAUUUUCGACGUAAGUCGCAUUUAUUUUCUUCAAGUCUGGAUUCGAUAACGUGCAAAGAUCGGUCACACCAGAAUGGAAGAUGAUAAAAGUAGAUAAAAACAUGUCAGUUUUGACAUAUAUUAUUUAAUGACAGUUAGAUAAAAAUCAUUGACGUGAUCGAUCUCCCUUUGAAUCUGUGACGAAUAUAAAUGAUAAAUUUUGACGUACUAUCGCACGUACUAUUUACGGCCAUGUACUUUUUUUUUUUUUUUUUUUUUUUUUUUUUAACGCAUCGGUUCGUUUAGCUCGUUAUUCAUUGCAAAGUCUAUUUAGGGACUAUUUCUCGCUAAUCAGUAUUUUCAACAAAUAGAUAAAAUCAUUGUAAUAAUCCAUCGAUUAUUAGAAAGAAUGCUACGUAAAAAAUGAAUUUAUUUAUUGACUUAUACAAGAUUGGUGAGAUUAAAAGAAAAAACAAAAAACAGAAAAAAAAGAAAAUAACGUAAAGAUACAAAGAAUAUAAUUUUAAGAGGUUUGUAUAUCUUUUCAUUUAGACGAAUCGAUUUUGUUUAAUCAUUGAUGAAUGAAUGAAUGAAAUAAUUAAUUAAUUAUUUAUUUAUACAUAUUGUAUAUAAAUAUCAUAGUAUGACUUUGAGUAUAGUUUAAAGCUCAUACUCGAGACAGUCGACUUUUGUUGGAUAUUUUCUUACAUUCGCGACCUUAUAUGUAUAUAUAUAUAUAUAUAUAUAUAUAUAUAUAUAUAUAUAUACAUACAUACAUACAAAAAGAGAGAGAAUACUUUUCAUAACUCUUACUCCGGAGAUACUCCUCUCUUUCUAAACGUGUUUAGGCCCUGUCUAAGCUUCGUGCCAACACUGCCGUAAUUAACGACAAACAGCUACGCGUUCCUCUUAUUCGCCGUAUCGACAAUCGUUAAAGAAAAACGAUUUCUUCUGUGUUUGAAACUGCCGUUAUCAUUAAAAAUUAACAAGAAAGAAUAAUAAAAAAGAAAAGAAAAAGGAAAAAGGAAGUAUGAGUGAAUUCUGAGACUUUCAACGAGCCAACGUUUCACAUACAUACACUAAACAAUAUAUAGAAUCUAUAUAAAAGUUCUAUAGGGCAAGAUGCUUUAUAUUGUGUGACAAACAUUACAUACAUACAUACAUAUAUAUAUA